AUGGAUUUUUCGGAUUCUCUUUCCAACUCUAAAGAUGAUAAAGAAAAGGCAGAGGCCUUUUUAGCACUGCAGAAGGCAGUCCAAUCGCAAAAAAUGACACUAAAAAUGUUAGGAGUUUGUUUUAAUAAGUGCGUUCCAACUCCAGGAGAAUCCUUAUCAUCGUCACAGCAAUCCUGUAUCUGGAACUGUGCCCAAAGAAAUAUCGAGACUCAGUACUUUAUCUUAAAAAGAUUGGAAGGAAUGGUAAAAAAUUUUGAACAAAAGUAA